CCCAUCUCUGCUACACUUUUUACCCGGGAGGGAGAGUCUUUUGUUAUACGGAUCGGCCACUUCUCCCGCAGGCCCAUCCAUGGCUCCUUUAGCCGAAGUCGGGGGCUUCCUGGGCGGCCUCGAGGGCUUGGGCCAUCAGGUGGGCUCGCACUUCCUGCUGCCUCCUGCCGGAGAGCGACCGCCUCUGCUGGGGGAGCGCCGGGGCGCGGCGGAGCGAGGCGCCCGCGGCGGGCCGGGGGCUGCGGAGCUGGCGCACCUGCACGGCAUUCUGCGCCGCCGGCAGCUCUACUGUCGCACCGGCUUCCACCUGCAGAUCCUGCCCGACGGCAGCGUGCAGGGCACCCGGCAGGACCACAGCCUCUUCGGUAUCCUGGAAUUCAUCAGUGUGGCGGUGGGUCUGGUCAGUAUUAGAGGUGUGGACAGUGGUCUUUAUCUUGGAAUGAACGACAAAGGAGAACUCUAUGGAUCAGAGAAACUGACUUCUGAAUGCAUCUUUAGGGAACAAUUUGAGGAAAAUUGGUAUAAUACAUAUUCAUCCAACAUAUAUAAACAUGGAGACACUGGGCGAAGAUAUUUUGUGGCACUUAACAAGGAUGGAACUCCAAGAGAUGGUGCCAGAUCUAAACGACAUCAGAAAUUUACGCAUUUCCUGCCUAGACCAGUGGACCCAGAGAGAGUUCCUGAAUUAUACAAGGACAUAUUGAUGUACAGUUGAACUGUAGUAUCUUCCCUGAAGGAUCAAAUCACAGCUCUUUUCCCUUAUCAUUGUUUCCAUCUCAAAAU